AUGUACCUCAUCAGACAACAACUCAUCGCAGAACUCAAUACACAUGUGGAAAGAUUAACUGCAGAUCUUACAACACGACAUAUCACAUUUGUUGUCGAGGGACAGAAAAUCAUGGUAAUGAUGAAUACCAUGAUUGAAACUAUUAAAGAAAUUACAGCCAAUUAUGAAUCUCUUCGUGAUCAGUUGGACCAAAUAACUGAGACAGGUUCUGUGACCCCAUUAAGAUCCGAAGAAUUUGCUGGUCCAUCUUUACCUAUCUCAAGCCAAUUAUCUUUUUCUGAUAUUACCUCAACAACCAAAAAUCACUUUAAAAUUAUUUUUGAUAAGAUUAUGACAGACAAUAAUUAUUCUUUCGACAAUAUGUGUAAUACAAUGUCUGUUGAGAUUCAUGGUCUUGGGAUGGGAAAGAUUAGUAAGGAAACUAUAAAAAAUUUUUAUUAUAAUAAUGGUGAUUUUAGAGGUAGUACUUUAAAUAAAAUAGGUGCUUGGAUAGAUAGUAAAAAUAAUUUUAACUUAGCAGAUAAUACGGAGUAG